CAAAAAUGGGGGACUAUCUGCGUAACACUUAACAGAACAAACCCCCCUCAUUCACCUACUCACCACUUCAGAUUCCCGCCCCUUUUCUCUCUCCUCAGCGCAAAUGUACUCCCAAGCUCAUCUCCUCUCUCAUUCUCCCCCUUUCCUUUCUCUCUCCUCAAAUUCCUCCAAAUUCAUCCCCAAUCUUCAUCCAUUUCAAUCGCUCCGUUUCUCUUCCACUUCCUCUCUCUUCACCUCAAGUUUCUCUCUCUCUUCUCGAGCUAACCUCGCUCCGAUUUCAAUGGAGGCGUCGAAUUCGGACUUCUCGAAUCAUCCGAUUGAAGAACUACAACUCGGCUUUGACAAUGGUGACCUUGAUCGAUUCGCUGAUGUUGCGAAUGAGCUCGCUGAUGCUUCCGGCGAAGUCAUCCGCGGAUUCUUCCGGAAGAAAUUCGAGAUUCUCGAUAAAGACGACUCCAGUCCAGUUACUAUUGCUGAUCGAACCGCAGAGGAAUCAAUGGUUACAAUUAUCAUGAAACAUUUUCCUUCUCAUGCAAUUUUUGGAGAAGAAAAUGGUUGGAGGUGUAAAGAAAAACAUUCAGAUUACGUAUGGGUUUUAGAUCCUAUUGAUGGCACAAAGAGCUUUAUAACUGGAAAACCUGUAUUUGGCACUCUUAUAGCUCUUCUGUACAAGGGUAAGCCGAUUCUGGGUGUAAUUGAUCAACCUAUUCUCAGAGAACGAUGGGUUGGUAUCAGUGGGAAGAGGACUACAUUGAAUGGGCAAGAUGUGUCAACACGAAGCUGUACAGAUCUAUCACAAGCGUAUUUGUACACUACAAGUCCCCAUCUUUUUGCCGGGGUUGCUGAAGAUGCUUUCAUUCGCGUUAGGAAUAAGGUUAAAGUGCCACUCUAUGGAUGUGACUGUUAUGCCUAUGCUCUUCUAGCUUCUGGGUUUGUAGAUCUCGUAGUUGAAUCUGGCUUGAAGCCAUAUGACUUCCUUGCAUUAAUACCGGUUAUAAAAGCCGGUGGGACUAUAACUGAUUGGAAAGGCGAAGAAUUCCACUGGGAAGCUUCACCAGAAUCUAAGGCAACAGAGUAUAAUGUGGUAGCUGCCGGGGAUGCUAAGCUUCACCAACAAACCGUCUUAACACUGGGUUGGAAGUGAGACUAGUCUGAUAUGAAUUCAAUAGAAUUCUUAGUUUUGCAGAUUAAAUUUUUAAUUAUAGGCAAAUUAUCUUAAAUUUUGUAAUUUAUUCACUAUUAACUCAUGUCAUUUGUUUAUGAACGUUGCUGCAAGGUUUAUGCAAGGUUUUUAAUGUUCAGCAGCUGAUGAGUGAUGACGUCAAAUUUUACCAAAAGGCUAGUAGUUCUGCAAGAUUACCUUGAACUCCAAUUACAUCUUGAAAAUUAGAACACUUGCUAAAUGAGACAUUAUGCAAAAUGGAGU